AUGGCAGAGCGGAAGCCUCCUCUACCACCCAGGAGGUAUUCACAUGCUCCCAGUGAACCCCAGUCUCAGUCCGUCAUGUCAGUGGGAGAAAGCACCCAAUAUCUUUCUCCAACGGCUCCUUUGUCUCCCAGUAUCCCACCGGCAGACAAGAACUUUAGUCCAUAUUCAGGCGGACUACAUGACCCGCGAGCCUCUUCAACUCAGUCUCUUCGUCCGAUCGAAUCCGCUACAAACACAGGGCGACGAACAUUGCUCAUCAUCUAUAUACACGGCUUUCUUGGCGAUGAAACCAGCUUCGGAAGUUUCCCUGCCCAUGUUCAUUCAUUGAUAACUAGCUCCCUAGCCGAGACUCAUGUCGUUUACACAAAGGUCUAUCCGCGAUAUAAAUCCCGAAAGAAUGUUUCAUUCGCCAAAGACGAUUUCAGCAAUUGGCUUGCACCUCAUGAAUCUGAUACUACAGAUGUUAUAUUGGUCGGGCACAGCCUGGGCGGUAUACUCGCAGCUGAAGUCGUCCUAAUUCCGUCACAUGUCCCGGGGAGCAAUGAACUCUCCCAACAUCGCUUACUUGGUCUGAUCGCGUUUGAUGUGCCUUAUCUUGGAAUGCAUCCAGGUGUUGUUGGCACUGGGAUAGCUAGUCUCUUUCGUUCCCCUCCUGAACUCCCAGAGAGUCCGCUUAGCACUGCGACCGAAUUUGCCGGAUCACUCUCUCCGUUAGAUUCAAAUUUCAACCCGGCAUAUCCCAACGAUGUCCAUCUUGCCAACAGACAAGGCAAGCUCGAGCGUGCAUGGUAUUUCUGGAACAAGCAUGCCGGGGAAUUGAUGAAUGCAACAACACGAUAUGUGUCCUCACAUCUCGAGUUUGGAGGUGUCCUUGCAGAUUACCCAGGGCUGAGAAGACGCUACUUUGCACUCCGCGCUCUCGAAGAUGUUGAUGAGCUUGCGAGACCGAGAGCCCCAAACGGUCGUCUGAUAAGGCGUGUCCGAUUUGUCAAUUAUUAUUCUGCAAGUAGUGGAAGAAUUAAGGAGAGAUCGCCUUCCCCGCCGGCAUCACCGGCAUUGUUGGAACCACCGAAUCGGACCACUGAGAUGCAAACAUUGUCUUCCAGACGCUCUUCUGCAGAUGGUACCGACCAUAGUCUGACCGUCCCACCAUCACCUAGCCCACGUCUCUCUCUUGAAGAGCAUCGAGACGGCGAGGUUAUCACUAAAGACAUCGCUGAACUCAAUAUUGACCCAGCGCCCCCACUGAAUGAACUGGAGCCGAUGGCAAUGGGUUCUGGCACUACGUCAAAUGCGAGUGGGGAUGAAUCAGAACUUGUCACAACUGAAACGCAGUCGCCGCUCUCUCCGAUGGCUUCGAGCUCAUUGCAAACAACAUCUCGCUCGUUUGACGAUGGUCUACCGCCACUGCCACCACCACCUAUUCCGCCCCCUCACUUUGAUGAGUCCUCAUAUGACAACGAGGACAACCUUAAAAUUGCUCGGAAAGAUCACGAGCGUCAAGUCAAGGCAUACGAGAGAGCAUUGAAAGAUAGAGCUAAAUCAGCAAAGGAUCGGGAAAAGGUCAUUCAGAAAAGGCAGCGAGAAGUCAUCAAGCAGGAAGAAAAGGAAGCAAAGCGCCUGAGACAAGAGGAGCUCCGGGUACAAAAAGAACAGCUCAAGCGAUCAUCAACGCUCAACCCCGAAGACUACGACAAACAUUUGAGACUUCAAACCGAAGUAGAACAGAAUAGUCCGCAAAGGCCUAAGAAACAAAAGGAUCGAAAGUUUUGCGCUCUUCCAGUCAAGGACUCACGAACCGGCCAGAGGGAUCCUACAUGGAUCAGAGUGUAUAUGGAAGGGAUCGAUGAAGUGGUAGCUCACACGUCUAUGUUCAAGAUGAGCGAGACGUACGUGAAGAUGGUGGGCGAUACUGCUGAGAGGAUAGAGAGAUGGGUCGCCGACGAUGCAACGAAACGACUGUUGCUUGCUGAGAUGCAACACAGCGGUGCACCCCUGAACCAAUGA